ACCUUGUUGGUCUUGAUAAAUUAAGUUAUAUUAAUAUAGAUCACAAUGUCAAUAACACCUCAAUGUUAAUAACACAACUUAAUAAUCAAGAUAUAAUUAUAAUUAGUACUCUAACCGAAUCCUUAGAAAAUCUG